AAGAGUUUGAGUUGUUUUAGGCUUUGCAGCACUGCACAGCACAUCAACACCAGCAACUGAAGAGCAAAGCUUGACUUCACCUGCGAUUAUCUUUUCCUUUCUUGUAAUUUUCAUUGUCAGAGAAAGGAUAGAGAUGAAAUCAUGUGUAUGAGCGUGUGCAUGGAGAGACAUGGGUGUGGUGCUGCUAAGCAGAAGAUGAGCAAAGGAGAGGAAGACGUGGCUGAGAGGGAGAGGUGGGGAAGACAGGAGCGAUGAGGUGGGGUUUUCUCUGUGAUAUGUUGCUAUAAAAGCCUUUGGUGGAAGUCGAUGUAGACAUGCUGCAGAGAAGACUGCGCAGCUUGUGCCUAUUCUGGACAUAUGCCUGCAUCACAUUGCACAAAGGACAUUCUAAAGAAUUUCAGCGUGUCCACUCCUACUGCACUGCCCACCAGUGCUCCUGCCACCACCUUUACAGAACAGCAGCCGCUGAUGGAACACCAUGACAUCCCCCAUGAGAAGGAUUCUGUGCAGCCUGCAGGAGCUACAACCCUGCAGAGAGCCAGGGCCCGUUUCCUCAAGGGCGUCUCCUACUUUUCUGGAGACAUGGAGGUGUUUGGAAAAUGGAUGGGAAAACAGGUCUUCUUGCUGCAGCUGCUGGACUGGGUUUUGCGUGGAGCUGCCCAGGUCAUGUUUGUCAACAACCCUUUGAGUGGGCUCAUUAUUUUUGCAGGCCUCAUCCUGCAGAACUACUGGUGGGCACUCAAUGGCUUUAUGGGCACACUCUUUGCUACAAUUUCUGCCCUGAUUCUACAACAGAACAGGGAUGCAAUAGCUGCAGGGCUGUACGGAUACAAUGGCAUCCUGGUGGGUCUGCUGAUGGCUGUCUUCUCCACUGCAGGAGAAUGGUACUGGUGGCUUCUGCUACCCAACAUCUUCAUGUCCAUGAUGUGCCCAAUUGUGUCCAGUGCUUUGGCUUCUAUCAACAGUCGCUGGGAUCUGCCAGUGUUCACCCUGCCCUUUAACAUCCUCGUGUGUCUCCACAUGGUCGCCACCGGCCACUACAACAACUACUUUCCCCAAGUCCUUUUUAAGCCUCGCUCAGAGAUGCCCAAUAUCACCUGGGCUGAAAUCGAUGUAGCCAAGCUGUUCAAGUCAAUACCUGUGGGAAUAGGCCAGGUGUAUGGCUGUGAUAACCCUUGGACGGGAGGAAUCUUCAUCAUCUCGCUCUUCAUCUCUUCCCCUAUCACCUGUGCUCAUGCUAUCAUUGGAUCUACAGUGGGAAUGGUUUCAGGCCUGGCUCUGGCAGCUCCUUUUGGUGACAUUUACUUUGGCCUUUGGGGAUAUAACUGUGUGCUAGCCUGCAUUGCCAUCGGAGGCAUGUUUUAUGUUCUCACAUGGCAGGCGCACCUGCUCGCCAUUACCUGUGCUUUUUUCUGUGCAUACCUCAGCUCAGCCAUUUCCAAUAUCAUGUCAACGUUCAGUCUGCCAGCCUGCACCUGGCCUUUCUGUCUCUCUGCCCUCACUUUCCUCCUUUUAACAAUCGGGACCAAUAAGAUCUUCAAGCUACCACUAGCCAAAGUGACCUACCCUGAGAAAAACCUGGCAUACUUCUGGAAGUUGAAGAAGCAGGAGAAAAUGGCUGAGAAAGAGAGGAAAGAACAGGAGGAGCGGCAGAAAGCCAUAGAAAUACUAAAUGAGAAAGAGCAACUAAGGCUUGAGAUUGAAAGAAUAGAACAAGGGAGAUUAGAAAGUGAGGAAUCAAAGGGUAACGAGGAAGAGACACAUGUGGAAGACCCAGCACCUAGGGUAGAACAAAAGCAGACGGAAGAAGAAAUGGGACAUAGUGCCGUACCGGAGGUCACUUUUACUAGUUAUGUUUAGUACCAUAUGUCAGCAAAAACAGAGAGAGCGAAAGACAGACAGAUGUUAUGCUAAUGGAAGCUACUUUUUGAAGAAUGCGCAUAAGUAUAUAUGUAAAUAUGAGAAAAUAAAUGAUACUUGAUA